CCUGUACGUCCAGAAGACUACAAUUGGUCAAAAGCUUACCCAGCGCAUUUUGAUGAAGACGGAACUCCCAAGAACAGCGAUCGCUUAGUCGAGUUUGCUGAUAUUGGAUGCGGAUAUGGAGUAAUCUUUUUAUGGUUUCAAGUGGGAUUAUCUCCCAUUUUCCCUGACAAGCUGAUGCUUGGCAUGGAGAUCCGAUUAAAGGUCGAAGAGUUUGUAAACAAGCGAAUUCAGACUAUGCGUCUUCAAAACUCGUCAAAGCAAGUCAACGAAGCUGGAUCUUAUCAAAAUAUCUCGGCGAUCAGGAUGAACGCAAUGAAAUUUGGACCCAAUUUUUUCCAGAAAGGACAGCUCUCAAAGCUGUUUUUUUUGUUUCCUGACCCACACUUUAAAAAGCGAAAGCACAAGGCACGCAUCAUCACCUCAUCUCUGCUUGGCGAGUAUGCAUAUAUUCUUCGUCCAAGCGGUCUUGUGUAUACGGUGACAGAUGUAAAGGAUCUACACGAGUGGAUGGUUAAACAUCUAGAUGAACAUCCACUUUUUGUAAGACUGACAGACGCAGAACUCGAGUUUGAUCCCUGUGUGCCCUGCGUGAUGCAAGAUACAGAAGAAGGAAAGAAAGUAGCACGUAAUUCUGGUGAUAAAUAUCUUGCUGUAUAUCGCCGUAUUGAGGAUGACCCUACUAAGCAAUGGAGUGGGUUUGCACCCAUUAUUAGUGGGGGUAUCUAUGCUGGAAAAAAUGCUCAGGGCAUGAGUAGUGACAAGGAUCAAGAUCAAGAUCAAAAUGAAAAAGCUUAA